AUGGCGGAGUUUUUGGCGGAGACACCGGCAGUGGUGGAGAUAUUGGUGGGGACAUUGGCGGAGAUUUUAGCGGAGAUACCGGUAAUGGCGGAGAUACUGACAGUGGCGGAGAUAUUGACCGGAGACAUUGGCGGAGAUACCGGCAAUGGCGGAGAUACCGGUAGUGACGGAGAUAUUGGCGGAGAUAUUGGUGGCGACAUUGGCGGAGAUACCCGCGAUGGGGGAGAUACGGGCAGUGGCGGCGACGUUGGUCCCGGCGGUCCAGGGAUGGGCGGCAAGGGCGGAAAGGGAGGGAAGGGUGGGAAGGGAGGCAAGGGCGGAAAGGGAGGGAAAGGGGGCAAGGGGGGAAAGGGAGGGAAGCCUGGUAACCAGCAAGGCGGGCCUGGCGGAGCGCAGGGGGGCCCUGGCAGAGAUACCGGCAAUGGCGGGGUACGGGCAGUGGCGGAGACAUUGGUGGAGAUAUCGAAAAUGGCGAUACCAGCAGUGGCGGAGAUAUUGGCGGAGAUACCGGAAAUGGAGAAGAUACAGGCAGUGGCGGCGACGUUAGGGUGGGUGGUCCCGGCGGUCCUGGGGUGGGCGGCGGAAAGGGCGGAAAGGGAGGCAAAUGAGGGAAGGGUGGGAAGGGAGGGAAGGGCGGAAAAGGAGGGAAAGGGGGCAAGGGAGGAAAGGGAGGGAAGAGUUAAGGCAUCAGUUCAGACGUCUGUCGUCUGUUCCCAAGUUCUACAGCCUUCUCGUCCUCAUCAUUGCACCAUGGCGCCUAAGGGAAAGGCCAAGACCCUGCCAGACGCCUCGUCGCAGGAGGCUCCUUCGGCUUCUGUGGAUGCGCAUGUCGCGGCUCCUGCUCCCGCUUCUUCUGUUCCUGUUGACACAGGCAAGGACAAGGUUCCGGAGGCGUCAAUUCAUGUGUCAAUCCCCGAUGCUCCUGCAAGCGGCUCUGGACUUUCCUUGGAGGAGCGUUUGAGCUCCCUUCGUACGGCGCCUCCUGACAGUGGCUUCAUUGAAGGUGAUUCGGACGAGGAGCUUGAAGUCGACUCGUCUUCUGCAGCCGCGUCUCUUCCGGCAUCACCGCUGAUAACUCCUAUCCUGCUGGACCCGGCCAUGGUCCUGAUCUCCACUGGAGGGAACCGGGAAGAAUGGCUCUGCACACAAGUGGGCUGCGGGAAGGCGAAAGGGAAGAGCUUCAUGACUGCAGCGGAACACAUCACCUCGGCGAAUCACCUCAUCCAUCUGGAGAAGCUCGGUUCUGCAACUCGGGCCUCGCUCGAGCGCGCCGGUCUCAACGUCACGAAGGAGUAUGGGAUUUAA